AUGAAUACCACCCGCGCUCUUCUGCUGGCCGCCGCUUCCUUGGCCGCCUGGGAACUCAGGCCUGCCUUUCUCCUGGCUUCGACACGGCCCGGUGCCGUGGCAGAGGUCCUGCGGAGGAAUCCACACAACGCCGCGCUCGGCACAGUUUCGGAUGCCUUUGGACUCGGUGCAGUGGCCGCCGCUCUGGUUGGAGCGCAGGCCGUCUUCCGAAAACGGCGCAGCCACAGGGUGAUGCGAAGCGCAGGGCCGGUCCUCUUCGGGAGCCAGGGAAGCAGAUCUCCUCUGGUGAACUGGUACCUCCAUGAGAUAGGACAGGAGUUCGAAAUGGUCCCCGCAGCGCAAGUGGAUCGCACCUCCUCGGAGUAUCCGCAUCCCUUCGGAAAGAUUCCUGCGCUCCAAGAUGGGACUGUCAAGGUUUUCGAGUCCGGUGCCAUCCUGAUGUACUUGGCAGACAAGUACGGUGGCCUCGACACUCCGGAAAAGCGUGCGGAAGCCGGGAAGUGGGUUGUUUGGGCCAACGCGAGCUUGGACCCCAUCUGCUUCAAGGAGGAUGGUAAUGGCCGAGUGCUAGGCACAGGCCUUGCCGACGACCCGCCGGCUUUGAGGACACUGGACGCUUUGCUUGCUGACCGUGAGUUUCUGCUCGGCAGUGGGGAGGACGCCUUUUCGGUGGCUGACGUGGCUGUGGGCUCCUACUUGCUCUACGUGCCGCUCUUCUUCCCCGACAUCAACACACUGCCGCGAUGGCCAAACAUCCAGCGCUACAUGUUGCAGCUUCUCCAGCGCCCGGCCUAUGCGAAGGCCUUCGGGGAGGGCACGGCGCAGCAGCUGCAAAAGGUUGUGUCUAGGGAGGGGGACUCGAAGCUGUUCGGCCUCUUCUGA